CCGCUCGCUCUCGCCGCUGACGUCACCGCAGGCCGGCGCCCGCCGCCAUUGGCGUUGGAGGCACCGUCCCCGUCCCUCGCUGCGGCCCGACGGCGGCGGGCAGGCCCGGGCGGCGCGGCGCGGCACGGCCCGGGGCAUGUGAGCGGGCGGGGACCGCAGGGUGAGCCGAGGCGCGGGACCGGCGCCGGCCGACCGUCCCCGGGGCGCCCUGAGGAGACGCCGAACGGCGGCGAGCGCGCCAGCGGCGCCUUUCCCUCCCCCUCGGCCCCGGCCCCUUCCCCGCCCGGCCGCCGCCUGAGGGGAGAGGCCGCGCCGCCCCCCGCCAGGCCCCGCCGCGCCGAGCGGCCCUGCCUGCUCCCCCGGCCUCUUUGCUGAACCACGGCGGCCCGGUACAUGAAUUAUGUCUGCCACAAGCGUUGACCCUCAGAGACCGAAAGGACAGGAUAAUAAAGUACAAAAUGGUUCGUUACAUCAGAAGGAUACAGUUCAUGACAACGAUUUUGAACCUUACCUUUCUGGGCAGUCAAAUCAGAACAGUAGUUAUCCAUCAAUGACUGAUCCUUAUCUGUCCAGUUAUUAUCCACCAUCUAUUGGGUUCCCCUAUUCUCUCAGUGAAGCACCAUGGUCUACAGGAGGAGAUCCUCCUAUCCCGUAUCUCACCACCUAUGGACAGCUCAGUAAUGGAGAUCAUCAUUUUAUGCACGAUGCUGUUUUUGGACAGCCUGGGGGUCUGGGAAAUAACAUCUAUCAACACCGGUUUAACUUUUUCCCUGAAAAUCCUGCCUUCUCAGCUUGGGGAACAAGUGGAUCCCAAGGACAGCAGACUCAAAGUUCAGCAUAUGGGAGCAGUUACAGCUACCCGCCUAGUUCGCUGGGCGGUACCAUUGUGGAUGGACAAACAGGAUUUCAUAAUGAUACGUUAAAUAAAGCUCCCGGAAUGAACAGUAUUGAACAGGGAAUGGUUGGACUUAAGAUUGGCGGAGAUGUUACGACUUCUGCAGUGAAAACAGUAGGUUCUGUCGUCAACAGUGCCGGGAUGACUGGUGCCCUCUCCGGUAAUGGUGGAUCGAAUGUAAACUUGCCAGUAUCUAAACCAACUUCUUGGGCUGCUAUAGCUAGCAAGCCUGCAAAACCACAGCCUAAAAUGAAAACAAAAACUGGACCUGUAAUUGGAGGAGCAUUGCCUCCUCCACCUAUAAAGCAUAAUAUGGACAUAGGUACUUGGGACAAUAAGGGUCCUGUGGCAAAAGUUCCUGCCCCCCAACAGAUACCUUCUCCUCAGUCUGUCCCACAGCCACAGCAACAAAUUGUUCAGCCUGUUCCAACUCAACCUCCUCCAUUGACUCAGCCGCAGUAUCAGACCCCUCAGCAGCCGCCCCAAAAUCGCUGGGUAGCUCCUCGCAACAGAAAUGCAGCUUUUGGCCAAAGUGGAGGAACUGGUAACGACAGCAGCUCAGCUGGCAGCACCCAGCCUAACCCUGUUCCAAGUGGUGAGUCCCAUCCUGUUCUUGAAAAACUGAAAGCUGCUCACAGCUAUAACCCUAAAGAUUUUGAGUGGAACCUUAAAAAUGGACGUGUGUUCAUAAUAAAGAGCUAUUCUGAGGAUGAUAUUCAUCGUUCCAUUAAGUAUUCUAUUUGGUGUAGUACAGAACAUGGCAACAAACGCCUGGACAGUGCUUUUCGGUCCAUGAAUAGCAAGGGUCCAGUCUACUUGCUGUUCAGUGUCAAUGGCAGUGGACACUUCUGUGGAGUAGCAGAGAUGAAAUCGCCUGUGGACUAUGGCACCAGUGCAGGUGUCUGGUCUCAGGACAAAUGGAAGGGGAAAUUUGAUGUCAAGUGGAUCUUUGUGAAGGAUGUGCCCAACAACCAGCUCCGACACAUCAGGCUGGAAAACAAUGACAACAAACCUGUUACAAACUCCCGUGAUACACAGGAGGUGCCCUUAGAAAAAGCAAAACAAGUGCUUAAAAUUAUUGCUACUUACAAGCACACGACCUCCAUCUUUGAUGACUUUUCUCAUUAUGAAAAGCGCCAAGAAGAGGAGGAGGUGGUGCGGAAGGUAAACUUAAAAAAUUUAUUUUAUACACAGAUAUGGGGAAAAUGAAAUGUGAAGGCUGCUAUGGUGGAAAAAAUGUAAGUAGGAAAUCAAAAUGUCUUUAAUACAUCUCAACUCGAUGGUUUUAUGUGUGUUUGGCAACAAAAAAAAGGAACUGAUGCUCAUUUGUCUUUGGCAAUUUCAUAGCUAAGAGGUUUCAAAGCAGAACACUAAGCAAUACUGCAGGUAAAGGACGUUAUGUCCAGCUUUUUGGAAUUUGACUUUUUAUCUUAAAAUCAUUAAUGAACUAGAAAAUAGUUUCUGUUUCAGAAUUGGAUUCUGCCAAUGAUUGCCACUUAAGUUUUUUGCCUUAAAAAUAUGAGGUCUUUAGCACUGUUUGACUAGAACUGGGCUAUCGAGAGAGAUACCUGUGUUGGCAUCUGGAAUUUGUACAUCACCUUUAAGAGCAAGAAGCCUGAUUUUGUUUGUUCAGUUGAUCUCUGGAAAGGAGAGAGUUUCAUAAAAUUCCUGGAAUAGUGCUAGAAAGAUUGCGUUUCUGCUGCUGAAGUCGCCUGUAUUAUUUGGGUAAAUAAAGAUUUUUCAGUUCCCAGGUCUAACCUGUCUACUACUUCUUGAAGUUUUGAGUGAGGAUGUAGUAACAGAAAUUUGGGCAGUAACUGGGAAAGUGUAUUAAAAACUUACAUAUGCUUUCAUGGCUCUAAGUCUGCCGCAAGGGGCAUCUGACCCUGUCCAUCCCAGGACCUCAGUUUCAAGAAUGCCUUUUUCUAAUUAGGCAGUCUAGAAGUAAUGGACUGACAAAAUAAUAGGCAUUGGGAUGUGUAGUUACGACCUAAGUAACACUUCAAGUUGCUUGAUACCGAUAGUGGUUCAUAGACUCUUUUUGUAUAGCAUCUCAAAUAAAGCAUUUAUUUGACAGGCUAGUUUAGUGCAGCUCACGCUUGCUUCAAAAUGUUUUUUGAAGCAAAGACUUAAUGCAUGUCCCUGGAGCUAAAAUUGAAAGGCUGCCAUUUUAAAAGUUUCAUUGCCAUUUAAAAGUGCUCAUAAAAUUGCUUUAAAUUGUCUUCAUAGAAUGUGCCCUUAAAUUACGAGAGAAAAGGAGGUUAGUGUCCUAAGGAAUCUUUAGUUCAACUUUCCCUAGCCAUCGGAUAUGAUGUGCAUAGCAUGGCUCAACGCAGCGGGGAAGGAGAGCUGAAGAUUUGAAGUUUUUCUUGUGUACUCUCUGUGGCGUUCCACAAGCUAAAACCUAAAAGCCUUUACUUCAAUACUUCAUUUCUUCAGCAGACAAUUAGCAAUUCGAUAUUUAAUGCAACCUGUAUCUUGGAGAGGUGUUCCCUUGUCUAGAGAGAAUCUUUAAUAAGUCAAAAAGCCUGGGUUCCUUUAUCCAGCAUUUACAGUAUAUGGUGGGAGGUGGGUGAUUGUUUUGUGUUUUUUUUUUAAUGCUGAGUCUCCCUGUGAUUUGCUGCCAAGUCAGGAGGGGAGAAUAAUGUGUGUGUUUGAGGAGCGAGUGGAUAGGAGAGCUUGUCUUGAUCAGUGGAACUUACUGGCCUGAGGGAGAUGCAGAUGGCUGCGUACUGCACACUGAACUUCCUUUGCUUUGUAGUAGCUCAGGGGGCUGUUGGGCUGAUCCCACUUUGGGUUGUUUUAAUACACACAACUGUUUCCCGCUUUCAGUUCAAGUGCUGAUUAUAAUGUCCUUGCUAAGGUUGCUGAUUUAUAAUGGGAUCAGUUUAUCAAAAUAACGCGUUUUUUCUGCCUCAUUUAAAACUGAGGCUCUAGCUUGUAUGAAGCAUUCAGAAAACAAACACUAAAGUCUAAUCUAACAUUUCUUAGGUUCCUCUGAAUAGCUUAGAAAAUAGGACAAUAUGAAGACAAUUGAAGUACACUGAGGGAGAUAAUAGUGCUAGGGAGGUAAAGCGGAUCAACAGCGAGGGAAUGAAAAAUAAGAUACUGCUUGUCAGGUUGCAUUCUAUAAAAUAUUGUCUGGAAAGUUAGUAUUUUCCAACUCAUUGACUAAAUGAAAUUUAGAGUCCAGCAGAUUACUAGAAGAGUUUCUUUGCAAGAUACGCACACACAUUUCUUAUUGUUUAGAAGUUUGUGGUAUUGAAGUUGAAGCCUUCCUGUUAUGCAAAGUUAACCUUCCUAUGAUGAUAAUUUUUGAAGAAUUUUAUUGCCAGUUAAGGUCUCUUAUGACCUAAUUGACAUCUUCAGAUGGUUGUUUGUAUAUGUGCCAUCUUAACUGGUUUCAACUUGCUGUGGUUUUUCUUCAUUAUACACUGUUUAACAGUAAAAUUACUUGUUGAAGUUUUGUGCUUCCAUGUCACCACUGUUGUGAUUACAAAAAGGUCAGAAUUCUUACAAAAUGGCCCCAUGGAGGUCUUGAAUGCUUUAAUUUCAUUUGUACACAAAUAUUUAGUAGGGAAGAAAAACUUCAUGUAAUCUGUACAAUGGCAAGCCACUAGCAUUUCAGUUCUUUUCUUUAGAUGGUUACAGUUUGUUGCUAGCCAGUCGUUCCUUGACUGAUGUGUGCAGAGGAAGCUCCAGCAUGUGCUCUCUGAGUUUAACUGAUCUAGGAACCUCUGUGUUAAUACCAGGUCAGCAAAUGUGGAUUAGCCAUAUAUAAUGCUGGAUGAAAGUCACUAAAGUGAAGAAGAUUCGUCAGUGUUACCAGCAUUGCUCAAGGACUGUAUCAUCAUCUAGAAUGGAGGGGGGAUUUGUUCAUGCUGGGAUGUAAGUCCAGCUUUUGAUUUGCUGCAGUAAUAAACUAUUUAAGCCUGGUCUCGUGACCCAGAACCUGGGAAAGGAAUAAUAGGAGGAUAUUGGUUUCUGGAAUAAAAUAGUGAGAGGGUGGCAUGAAACCUCUCCUGAUGCUCCUUGCCUUUCUCAGUCAGUUUCCAGGGCCACUACAGAGUCCACAAAGAUAGCGACUUCUGUGAGCAAAGCUCAUGCUCUUAAAAUGUAAAAAAGUGGCAGUAUGUGUGAGAGAACUUCUUCACAAAGAAAAUACAGUAUAAUAUAGCAUUAAUUAUUAUAAUUCCAUAGAAAUAUGCUUGUAUAGUCAUAACAAGAUUGUCUUCCAAAGUUAAAAAGCUUGUAAAGAAAAUAAACUUGUUGCAGAUUUUGGUAUUUUUAUUUGCAUCUCAUGUGGUAGGACAGAUGGGUUGAUCUACUGUCAGCAGCUUGUCUUCAUAGAUCUGUAUUUAACUCGAUGGUCGCAGUUACUGUACUGGGCUGCUGUGCUGUCACCUCGGAUCUGUGUCAAGGCACUCGACUAUUGCAAGGUCUAUGCCUUGGUGUUGUGAAAGAGCUGAGUAGUUUUAUCUCAGAAAGCUCUUGAGUCACUAAGCUUACAGUUUCUCCUUUUGGGUGAUUAAGUAUUGCAAAGUGUUAGCUAGUGCAUGUUGGCACUUAGAAAUACUCAUUUUCUAGCAUUGUGUUUCCUUUCGGCAUGCUUUCUGUGAACACAUUUGUUGAUGCAGAACUUUUAAGGAUGGUUAAAAACAUUUCUAUUUUAAGAUUAAUACUAAUUCUGUUUCCUGAUAUAAAGAAAACAUUUAUAUUUGUGUUAGAAGAUGAUGCCUUAAUCCCGCUGACCUUAACAAGUAUAGUUCAGUAGGAAGGUUGACAGCUACUUCAGACUGAGGUGAAGGGAACAGAAGUUUGACAGGGAUGUGUGUCUCCAAAAUAGAAGCUUCUGCAGGUUUGGGGAAAACCUGUUUUUGCUGUGUCUGAAGACUGUACGUGUUAAUGUCAUGAAGAAGUAUGCAACAGGAGGUCCCCUGUGAGGUAUCAGAGAAUUCCCCUGGAGAAGAGAAACUAUGAAGGCUCCGGAUGGAUCUUCAGAACCAAAAUGAACAGUUGCUUGUUAGUUGCUUAUGAAACUGCUUGUUCUUGCUUGCAGUAGUGCUAAAUAGCAGUAAGGAAAAGAAUUUGAGAGGUAGAGCUUCUAGAAAGCAGCUAUGCUCCAGAGCACGAAGAAUUGUUGCAUCAGUUUCGUCCCCAUCAGUUUAUAUGGUUUCAGACACUUUUUAAAAGGAAGACUCAGAUUAGCCCCCGAGAGAGAAAGCAAGCAGCAAGGUAGGAGGAACUGCUUAAUAACUUGCUCAAUAAAUAGCACCUUUUACUGAAUUAUAAAGCCUGAGCUGAGUCUCUGAAUGCCAUGAGCAUACUUUCUGGGUACCAGGUAGAAGUCUCAGGUGCUAGCCUGUCUUCUAUUUAUGUGGGACUAGUCCAUGAGAAUGGAAGGCUUUGACUUUUAAAGAAAGUGGGAUUAUGAGGGUAGGUGGAUGACUACACAGAAAACUAAAAAUAAAUUAUGUAAGGUGGCAGUGGGACAGAAUGGGCUGCUGAGGGUGGUAGGGCAGUGAAGCAGAGUAACGGGGAUUUGCCACCUUAGGAAUGGAAGUAGGAUGGAACAAUUACUUUUUGGAAGCCUAAAAUGGGGUUGAUAUGAUUCAGUUUUAGAUUCUUUCUAGCUACGUUUUGUUUGCAGUGUCAGACAGCUGUAAGUUCAUUAAGAACUUACAACACCUAAAAUGUUCUGAUAUUCUUCCACUAAGAAAUGGCUUUCAUUGACAGUUCACCAUAAGUCAGCAGUUAAAAGAUAGGGGGAAUAUAGAGGUUUUUUAAAAAAAAUUGUACCACUUUAUACAGUCUGUUUUGUUGAUUUGGUAAAACCAUUUUGCUAUCUUCUGUCUUAAAUCAUAGAUUAAGAAUUUAUACUAGACUUUGACUUAAUUUUAUUAUCAAAAUGGAAAUAUUAUUCUGCCUGGGGGCAGAAAUCGAUAUAUUCCAUUUAAAAAAAAAAGAUUUUAUGCUGUGACCAGUCGAAGUAGCAAAUAGUCUGUUACACUUAUAAUGCUUGGUAUAUUUGCAAAUAAGCUUUACAUUGCAACAGAAACAAUUCUGAGAUUAAUUUUAUACAGAAUAGCUCCACAAAACAAGUAAAAUCUGAAGGCGUUAGUUUAGAAGUUGACUGUUGUUUAUGCUUAGGCUAUUUCACAAUUUUCUUGCUUGAAAUAGGAUUUGGUGCCCUAUUGAUGCAUUCAGGUACAGUACACAGGGUAGAGUCUUUCCAUGCCCAUUUGCAGUACACAGGUGGUUUUAAACACCAUUAGGAUGAAAUGGAAAACAGUAAGGUGAACCCUUUCUAUUCAGUCUGCAUGGUGUCUUAGAUGCAAAAAUGCACCAGCCUCAAGAUACAGCAGCAUAUUUUAUUCAACUUGUCUUGCUGUCUUCUGCACGUUCUGCAGCUUAUGGGGCACCUGAAACAUUUAUUGAAAAAGUCCCCCCUUUUUUGUUAUCACGUUGCUCAACUUGCCUGCGUAAGCCCUAUGCAGAGCCUCUGCUCUAAAUCGGGGCAGAGGCGUGGCUGUUUACUGCCGGGGCAGCGCAGGUUGGUUAGACGAAGACUUGGAGCAAUUGAGGGAUGCCUGCGGGCAUCCCUUAGACUACCUUUAUCUGUUUUCAAUAUUUGUGGUUAGCUGAAACUGUUGAGAGAGACUUCAAAGAGCCUACUGGCUUCUGUACUAGCAUGCUUUUAGAAAUUCUUGGGUUGUUCAGCCUAGCUGUGCUGGUUUUUAUCAGGCCAUACAAAAGCAUAUAACUUUUCUUCCACCUGAUGAUGUUGUUGGCCGGGUUGUUUCCUCCCCUGGCCCUGACUUGUCAGGUAUUUCAUAGUGCCUCCCAGAAUAGCUGAACAGAUAGGGAGAAUUAGGAACAGAAUUUUUGAGAGUUCAAAUCUUACUUUUAUUGAAUGUGACUAACCUCCAAAGUCAUUUGAGUGCUUCAAAAUUAUACCAGUUCUGUGGAGUUCACUGCCUACUGUCUCCUUUCUGCUCUUCUAUCAGUUGUGCUACUACUGCAGUAGCUAAACUAAUCCAGAAAGUAGGAUAUUGCAGGUCCUGUUUCUACUUAGGAAUGUUGAUAUUCCAUGUCUUACUAUGACCUUCAUCUGCUGUCGGUUUGAAUAGACUGUGCAGGUAUUAAUGCAGCUGUUCCUCUUCAAGCUGCAUUAAUAUUAAGUUAGCAAGUCCUUGGCUUGUCAGGUAUAUACAAUAUAUUUCUAAAAUGUAGCAGCAAUGUUUUAACAAAGUGUAUAACUGAGAUCACAGUAGUGCUGUUCUGUUACGAAAAACAUUUUGCUUGUUUGUUUGACUAAAAUAUUUCUUAACUUUUUAACUUUUUUCUCU